CGCCACCUUGCGCCCGUUUCCGAAGAGCUUCAUUUGCCAAUGAAUUGAGUCGGUCCAUUGGCAGUAUCAGUUCGACAAUUCGCUGCUCCGCCAUGCUCCGUCCAACAGCCCUCCGGCCGGUGCUGCGGUCCUCGCCCCGGUGCCAGCAAUGCCUCCGCCGCAGCCUCUUCUCCGGCAAAGGCUCGACCCGCGCAUCGCAAGACUUCGAUCUCAACAGGCUCAAUUCCCAGCGACGUGAUUACGAGCGCCACCGCACGAUAUUUCUCGCUUCAGGAGCUACGGCCGGUCUCAUCUCCUUCAUCUACACGGCAUGGAAGCUGAAGCAGGCGCUUGGGGAACAGAGCGAGAAGCAGAAGCAGAAGAUUGCAGUCAAAUGCGAUGCACCGGCAAUUCCCACCGAGACGUUCAAGACGGAAGCUGGAGAGAAGAGGAAAAUAGUUGUGCACGAUGAAGAAGGGAGAGUGAUUGUCCCCACGGGGAACAGCGUGGUGCCUGCGUUCCCUCGGACCAUCAACGUCAAGCUGCCCACGUCGAAAGACCGGAACUCGGUUGCGGCGAGCAUAUCGGACAAAGAGGGCGACGAAUUUACACUUGUCGGCUUGGGUGUGCGCACCGUGACCUUUCUCAGCAUCCAGGUCUAUAUGACGGGAUUCUACGUUGCGACGCAGGACAUUGCGAAGCUGCAGCAGUAUCUGGUCAAGAAGAUCAACCCCACCGCCACGACACUGAUACCCGCUGAGAAAGAUGCCUUGCGAAAGGCCCUUAGGGAUGCGGUGGAAGGCGAAGAGACAUGGGACACUCUGUUGAGAGAGGCCGGCUGUCGCAGCAUCUUCCGCAUCAUCCCAGUCAAGGAUACCGACUUCCCGCACUUGCGCGACGGCUUCGUGCGUGCUAUUGCCGCGCGGUCGCAGCGCAAUGCGGCGUACAACGACGACGCCUUUGGCGUUGCCAUGAGGAAAUUUAAGACACUCUUCAACCGAGGCACCGUGCAGAAGAAACAGGAGUUGCUGCUGUGUCGCGACGAAAAUGGUCUACUGUCGGUGCUCUAUAACCCUGACCAGGGAAAUAAUCCUAAGAGAGAGGUUAUGGGCACGUUUGACGAGGAGAGGCUAUCGCGGUUGUUGUGGCUGAACUAUCUUGCCGGCAGCAAGGUUGCUUCAGAGCCGGCACGGGAGAGCAUCAUUGAGGGCGUUAUGGAGUUUGUAGAGAGGCCGAUUGGGACGGUAGCAACGCAAGUUGUAUAGACGGUAGUAUUAGUAUUAUCGUGCAAUAUUGAUUGCUACAAGGUGGAGGGGAAACACAUUCAUGUAUUAUACAAGCGGCUGGAGGCAUAUCAAGGCCGCAUUCACUUGCCAAAAGAAAGAAAGCGCAACUCAUCAGGCGAAGUGCGUGUGAUGGAUGAAAUAUUUUAUAUUGUAGCCAAAGUAAAAAAAAAAAUUGACAAGAUGACAACUCUAUACUCUAUCCAAGUCUGGAGUAUCGCCG